AUGUCUUGUAAAGAGACGUGUUGUAAAGGGACGUGUUGUAAGGAGGCGUGUUGUAAGGAGGCGUGUUGUAAGGAGGCGUGUUGUAAGGAGGCGUGUUGUAAGGAGGCGUGUUGUUGUAAAGAAACGUGUAAGACGAGCUGUCAAGCAUCGUGUUGUCAAGAGACGAGCUGUCAAGCGUCGUGUUGUCAAGAGACGAGCUGUCAAGCGUCGUGUUGUCAAGACACGUGUUGUCAAGACACGUGUUGUCAAGACACGUGUUGUCAAGACACGUGUUGUCAAGACACGUGUUGUCAAGACACGUGUUGUCAAGACACGUGUUGUCAAGACACGUGUUGUCAAGACACGUGUUGUCAAGACACGUGUUGUCAAGACACGUGUUGUCAAGACACGUGUUGUCAAGACACGUGUUGUGAAGAAACAUGCUGUGUUGCUGUCAAGAAAGGUGCUGUCAAGAAAGGUGCUGUCAAGAAAGGUGCUGUCAAGAAAGGUGCUGUCAAGAAAGGUGCUGUCAAGAAAGGUGCUGUCAAGAAAGGUGCUGUCAAGAAAGGUGCUGUCAAGAAAGGUGCUGUCAAGAAAGGUGCUGUCAAGAAAGGUGCUGUCAAGAAAGGUGCUGUCAAGAAAGGUGCUGUCAAGAAAGGUGCUGUCAAGAAAGGUGCUGUCAAGAAAGGUGCUGUCAAGAAAGGUGCUGUCAAGAAAGGUGCUGUCAAGAAAGGUGCUGUCAAGAAAGGUGCUGUCAAGAAAGGUGCUGUCAGGAGACGUGCUAGACGUGUUGGAAAUGACUAG